GCUCCCAGCCCCACCAGUUGCUGGUCCCAGCUCCCCAACCCAUGGGGAUGGAACCCAGGAGUCCGGGCUCCCCGCCCCUGACCCAGCCUGCUAAUCGCCACUCCCCUCCCUUGGGGGAUGGAACCCAGGAUUCCGGGCUCCCCAUCCAGCCACCACCCACUCGUCCCCACUCCCCUCCCUUGGGGGAUGGAACCCAGGAUUCCGGGCUCCCCAUCCAGCCACCACCCACUCGUCCCCACUCCCCUCCGCUGGGGGAUGGAAUCCAGGAGUCCGAGCUCCCCAUCCAGCCACCACCCACUCGUCCCCACUCCCCUUCCUUGGGGGAUGGAACCCAGGAGUCCGAGCUCCCCAUACAGCCACCACCCACUCGUCCCCACUCCCCUUCCUUAGGGGAUGGAACCCAGGAGUCCGAGCUCCCCAUCCAGCCACCACCCACUCGUCUCCACUCCCCUCCGUUGGGGGAUGGAACCCAGGAGUCCGGGCUCCCCAUACAGCCACCACCCACUCGUCCCCACUCCCCUUCCUUGGGGGAUGGAACCCAGGAGUCCGAGCUCCCCAUACAGCCACCACCCACUCGUCCCCACUCCCCUUCCUUAGGGGAUGGAACCCAGGAGUCCGAGCUCCCCGUCCCUGUCCUGACCCGCUGGCCCCUGGCCCCUCCCUCGGGGCUGGAACCCAGGAGUCCGGGCUCCCAGCCCCGCGCGCCGAGCGAUGCCCCGUUGCCAUACAUGGUCAGCGCGCAGGGGCCGGAGCCGGGCUCCCUGGCUCUCCGGGAAGACGCGUCACGGGGCGGGAGGGGAUCGGGGGGGGGCUCUGCCUCCAUCCGCCGCUGGGGCCGGGCCGCCAUGGACGACCUGGGGGACUCUGGCUCCCCUUCUUUCCUGCUUGGCCCCCGUAUAGUGGUGUUUGAUGCCCUGCUGGCUGAUCUGGAGACCACCACCUCUCACAUUUCCAAGCGCCCAGUACUGCUCACGGACUCUGGGGCAGCCCACGCUAACGGGCUGGGGCAGGAUGGGACGCCUGAGGCCAGGCCCCCUCCUCCACCCUACAACCCUCAGCAGCAGGCCAUGUCCAUGGACCCUCUGCCUGUCUCUGCCCCGCCUAGCGGGGGCGAUAAAGAGCAUCUCUACAGCACUGUCUGCAAGCCCCGCUCGCCCCGGCCCAAGGAGUCAGCCGCGCCACCCUUCUCCUCGUCCAGCGGGGUGCUGGGUGCCGGCCUCUGUGAGCUGGACCGGCUGCUGCAGGAGCUCAAUGCCACACAGUUCAACAUCACAGACGAAAUCAUGUCCCAGUUCCCAUCCAACAAGACCCCUGAUGGGGAGAAGCGGAAGGAGAAACCAGAGGAUGCUGGGGAAGGGGGGUCCCCAAGCCAGUCGGCUGGCUCCACCCCCCCUCCUGUGAAGCCAUCAGCCACAUCUGCUACCCUGGAGCUGGACAAACUCAUGGCCUCAUUGUCGGACUUCAGAGUCCAGAGCAACCUCCCAGGGGUCUCGGCCGCGCCACCCCCGGCCCCCGCACGAGUCUCCCUGGUGCAGCAGCCGGUGAUGUCAUCCGUCUGCCCCAGCCCCUCGGGGCCGCCCCCCCCAGGAGCGCCGGCCCCGCAGGGUGGCAACUUGGACAGCAUGCUGGUGAUGCUGCAGUCGGACCUGAGCCGCCAGGGGAUCUCCACCAGCACCAAGGGGCUGUGUGCCUCCUGCCAGAAACCCAUCGCUGGGCAGGUGGUGACGGCGCUGGGCAACACCUGGCACCCCGAGCACUUCGUCUGCACCCACUGCCAGAAGGAGAUGGGGGGCAGCAACUUCUUCGAGAAGGAUGGCGCCCCCUACUGUGAGAGGGACUACUUCCAGCUUUUCUCGCCCCGCUGCGGCCUCUGCAAUGAGCCCAUCCUGGAUAAAAUGGUGACAGCUCUGGACAAGAACUGGCACCCGGAGCAUUUCUGCUGUGUGAAGUGCGGGAGGCCCUUCGGGGAGGAAGGCUUCCAUGAGAAGGACGGCCAGCAGUACUGCCGCCAGGACUUCUACGAGCUCUUCUCCACGCGCUGCCAGGGCUGUGGCCAGGCCAUCCUGGAGAACUACAUCUCGGCCCUCAGCGCCCUCUGGCACCCUGAGUGCUUUGUCUGCAGGGAGUGCUACGCGCCGUUCCUGCAGGGCAGUUUUUUCGAGCAUGACGGGCGGCCCUUCUGCGAGACGCACUACCACAAACAGCGGGGCUCGCUGUGCUGGGGCUGCGAGAAGCCCAUCGCCGGGCGCUGCAUCACCGCCAUGGCCCGCAAGUUCCACCCCGAGCACUUCGUCUGCGCCUUCUGCCUCAAGCAGCUCAACAAGGGCACCUUCAAGGAGCAGAACGACAAGCCCUACUGCCACCCCUGCUUCCUCAAGCUCUUCGGCUGAGCCCCGCCCUUCUCCAGGCAGGCCCCGCCCCCGGGCCCAGCCACACCCCAACAGGCCCCGCCCCCUGCCCUAGCCACAGCCCCAACAGGGCCCGCCCCCUGGCCCAGCCACACCCCAUCAUACCCCGCCUCCUGGCCCAGCAGGCCCCACCCCUGGCCCAGCCAUGCUGGGCAAGCCACGCCCCACCCCACAGCCGUGCUUCAGCAGGCCGUGCCCUGGGCACAUUCACCCCCCGGCAGGGGGCACCCCGCAGCAAGGCCACGCCCCGGCAGGCCCCUUACCUGGCAUAGCCACGCCCACCGUCUCUGAGUGGGGGAUGGAAAGGCCAUGGUCCCCAGCACAGGCAUGUCAAUCAUUGCCAAAGGCGGGGUAAGCCACGCCUCCCAAGACACCGUGGGAAGCACCACCUCUUUCGGAGCCACACCACAGCUGGCAGGGGCCAGCACAUCUGCCCUUCCUCCCAUGCUGCUGAUAGGUCUUGCCCCCCCCAAGCCACCUGGAGGCCCCGCCCCCAAGCUAAGCAGAAUUCGAACCCCAGGCCCACAGGGGAUGGGCACUGGCCAUGGAUCACCUUGUCCAACAAGAAGGCAUGGUCACUGGGGGCAGAGAGGAAGGGCCACCGGGCUAAGGCCUGCCUUCAAUGGGGUGUGGCUGUCUGGGCUAAGCCCCGGCCCCUGGGCACAGCAAAGAGGGGGGGAACGUGGCUUAUUUUUUCCAAAACUCACGUUGAAAUGUCAUAGGAUCACAAAGUGUCUUCAGCUCUGGGCUGCGGGGGUGUGGGUGGGGAAUGGGGGGGAGGGGGCGUAAAAUGGGGCAGGUGGGAGAUAAUUCAGGGGAAGGGGAGAAAGGGGUUUAUUACAAGCACAAAUAAGGGAGGUAUUUUAUACUCAUGCUGAUGUGUUGCUGUUCAAACACAGUGGGGGUCUCUCCAGACUGGCACCAACAAUCCUCACCCCCAACGCUAUGUGGCUGUUAAACAGCCCCUGCGCCCUGCCCCAGAGGUGGCUGCAUCUCAGUGCAGGGUGAGGGAUUCCUGUAUAAACAGCCCCUGUGCCCCACCCUAGAGGUGGCUGCUUUGCAGUGCCGGGUGAGGGCUCCCUGUAUAAACAGCCCCUGUAUGCCACCACAGAGACAAUGGGGUGGGGAAUAGGAUUGGAGGCCUUUCCCCUCUAGGGGGUGCUGGUGUGUGGAGGGGAGAUUGCCUGCGUAUGGGGACCCUACUGUGCUCCACAAUGUGUCUUGUCUUUUAUUUUGCUUUUUAUACACUCAGUUACGCUGAAGCUUUAAGUAUUUAUUGUAAUUUUGGGGCUCUUUUAAGGAGCGUUCAUGACAGCACUCUGGGCUCUGUUCCAGCUUGGAGACAGGAUCGGGAAGAGCCAGAGAGCCUGGGGGCCGAGCGUAAUGGGUCCUGUGGGGGGAGCGGGAUUGUAGGCAGAGAGCAUUCUGAUCUGAAAGAGGGCAGCGGGAACGCUGACGAGACAGAAGAGAUCAGGGAAUGAGACACAGGGUCUUUCCCCUCUUAGGGGCACCAGCUCUGAUCCAUCCCAAGCACUGGCUGGCUCAAACUGUGGGCAAUGGGCCAGGGGCCUUUCCCUUCUAGGGGGCGCUGGUCCCAGGUUACUUGCUGGGGGAGCAGGCAGGAUUGUAUCAGGGUCACAUUUCUUCUUUUCUUUUACUGUAUAAGCCCAAAAUGCUUCUUCACUCUCACUGCUGUCAGGUGCCCAGCGGGCGUUGGCACGCACGGGUCAUUUCUACCCGGCGUGCGCUCACUGCUGUAUCCAUGGGUAUUACAGAAUAAAAGCCACGUUUGAAUAAAA